AUGAAGUACUACGCUUCUCUGGCUCUCGCAGCCCUUCUCCCCUCCGUCUACGGACACGGAUACCUAACCAUCCCCAAGAGCCGAACCAGGCUCGGCGCCGAGUCCGGCAUCGACACGUGCCCCGAGUGCACCAUUCUCGAGCCCGUCUCCUCCUGGCCCGACCUCAACGUCGCCCCCGUCGGCCGCAGCGGCCCCUGCGGCUACAACGCCCGCGUGAGCUGGUGCGUCGACCACAACGGCGACCACGGCGGCAUGUUCACCUACCGCAUCUGCCAGGACCAGGCCCUCGUCGACAAGUUCACCACGCCCGGUUACCUCCCCACCGAGGCCGAGAAGCAGGCCGCCGACGACUGCUUCGAGCGUGGCACCCUCAGCUGCACCGACGUCUCGGGCCAGAACUGCAACUACAGCCCCGACUGCUCGGCCGGCCAGGCGUGCUGGAGGAACGACUGGUUCACCUGCAACCAGUUCGGCGCCGGCUCUUGCAAGGGCGUCGACAACGCUCCGCUCGGUUCUUGCUUCACUACUAUUGCCGGCGGCUACACCGUGUCCAAGAAGAUCAAGAUCCCCGAGUACGUCUCUAACCACACCCUGCUCUCCUUCAAGUGGAACUCGUUCCAGACCGGUCAAAUCUACCUCUCCUGCGCCGACAUCGCCAUCAGCGACGGCACCGGCGGCACGCCCACCACCGCGAGCACCAAGACUGCCACCGCCACUGCCACCCAGACCAGCGGCGCUUGCACCACCGCCAGCACGGUCGCCGUCACCUUCAACGAGGUCGUCACCACCCAGUACGGCCAGACCAUCAAGCUCGUCGGCUCCAUCGCCCAGCUCGGCAGCUGGAACACCGCCAACGCCCUAGCCCUUGAUGCCUCCAAGUAUACUUCCUCCAACAACCUGUGGACCGUCACCCUCAACCUCCCCGCCGGCACUACCUUUGAGUACAAGUUUAUCAACGUCGCCUCCUCUGGUGCUGUGACCUGGGAGAGCGAUCCCAACAGGUCGUACACCGUUCCCAAGACCUGCUCGACGACCGCUACCGUCGCUAGCAACUGGAAAUAA